GCGUCUUCAGUUUGCUGGAGUCGCCUGAGGGAACUCUGUAGUCCCCACCCCACCCCCCCUUCCUUCACCUCAACCCCCACCCCCUCCCCCUUCCUCUACGUUUGUGUCUGUUUUUUUUUGUUUUUGUUUUUUCGCUCCUAGCCUGUGCUCUCUGCCCCAGGAGUAGCUCCAAUGUACAGCAUGAUGGAAACCGACCUGAAGCCGGCUGUUUCCCAGUCCAACACCGGGGCGAUCGGCAGCUCCGCUCCGGGGAACAGCAACAAGAAUCCGGGAGCGAACCCAGACCGCGUGAAAAGGCCCAUGAACGCCUUCAUGGUGUGGUCCCGGGGCCAGAGGAGAAAGAUGGCCCAAGAGAACCCCAAAAUGCACAACUCGGAGAUCAGCAAGAGACUCGGGGCCGACUGGAAACUUCUGUCGGAUGCUGAGAAGCGGCCGUUCAUUGACGAAGCCAAGAGGCUCCGAGCUUUGCACAUGAAGGAACAUCCGGAUUACAAAUACCGACCGCGGCGGAAAACCAAAACCCUCAUCAAAAAGGACAAAUACUCCCUCCCUGGCGGGCUGCUCUCUCCAGGAGCAGUGCCAGUGAACAACAGCGUGGGAGCGAGCCAGAGAAUGGAGAGUUACUCUCACAUGAACGGCUGGGCCAACGGGACUUACCCGCUCAUGCAGGAUCAGUUAGCUUACUCCCAACAUCCAGGGAUUAACAGCCCCCAGAUCCCGCAGAUGCACCGCUAUGAGAUGGCCAGUCUUCAGUACAGCCCCAUGAUGUCCAGCGCCCAGAACUACAUGAACGCCGCUUCCACCUACAGCAUGUCCCCGGCUUAUGGGCAGCAGAAUGCAAUCAGCUCCAUGGUGAAAACAGAGCCAACCACACCACCCCCGCUCACCUCCCACUCCCGGGGGGCUUGCCUGGGAGAUCUCCGGGACAUGAUUAGUAUGUAUCUCCCUCCAGGAGGAGAGGCUGGUGACCCGUCCGCCCAGAGCAGCAGACUGCACAGUGUUCACCAACACUAUCAGAAUACAGCCAUACCCGGCACAGGGUUGAGACAAUCAACGUUUCUACACGGGCGAGACUCCUUUUAGAUGCCGACUUUUAUAUUAAAGCCUUUUUUGGGACUUCUAAUGCCGUCAGAUUUACAGGCAGCGGAACUGCG